AUGAGUUCGACAUCAGCGGCAACAUUCAAAAUCCGACCAAUAAUAAGUUGUGUGGGAGGACCAACGGAUCAAAUUUCGUGGUUCCUCAAUAAAAUCCAAAUCUGCACACCCGACUUCAGUGAAAGUGCAUUGAAUAUGUUCAAAAGCGCUAUUGAAGUAGGCACUGGCAAUGAAGAACGACACGAAUCACGAAGACUAGCCUUGAAAACCACAUAUGCUUAUGGCGAUACUGUACGUUCGCAUUACCGAAGAACCCGCGCUGUAAAUAGCAAUGUACCUCGCGAAAACAAAAUUGAUCUUUGUCUUCCUUUUAUCUCUGACAGUAUCAGUACCGCUGUUGUCGUUGUUGCAGCAUUGUUCAAGCGCAAUUACAAAACGAUGUGA